AUGAGACGUAGUCGAGUCUCGACCCCUCCGCCAUCGCCCUACAGGGCGCUGGCACACCAUCAUGCUCAAAAUGGCCAGCAACUUUCGGGCUCCGUGUCGUCCAUGAUCAGGUCGUUCAACGUCGAGACCAACCCCAGUCGGCCGAUCCGCCCAUCGCCUCUCGCAGCAAGCACAAUUCGCGAUAUGCCACUCGACCUAGUGGAUCGGAUAAGGUCCUUUCCCUUGUUCAGGUCUGCCCCAGACGAGUUCCUCGCCGCCAUCGGCAAGCACCUGCGGCCACAGGUACAUGCGGCCCAUGAUGUCAUUCUCACCGAGGGAGACGACGCCAGGUCAAUGUACUGGCUGGUGCGCGGUGUCGUGGCGGUCACUUCGCGGGACGGCGAAGCGGUCUACGCAGAGCUCAAGGCUGGUGCCUUCUUCGGCGAGAUCGGUGUCCUGAUGAAAAUACCUCGCACGGCCACGAUUGUUGCGCGAACGAAAUGUAUGCUGGUUGUUCUCAAGAAGGAGGAUCUCCACGCAGAGCUUCCAAUGUUCCCAGACAUGGAGAAGGCGAUCCUUCAGGAAGCGCAGGAAAGGCUGGAGAUCUUGAAGAAGAAACAGCGUGAGCGGGGGAUGAGGCCCGCCCGCAAGACCGGCACAGUCAGUCGCGAUGUUGUCCCGGGCGAAGUGAGGACUGGUGACGCUGGGGUCAUCAAAGAGGGCGCGGUUGUCAACUCCAAGAAGCGGAAAUCUCCCAGCCCUGGGGUAAUCGAAGAUCCGUCUAUCGGGGGCAGUGCCCUUGGGAGCGGGUAUGUCGACGUGCGGACCACUUUGAAAGAGCUGCCGCUGUUUUCUGAGCUGCCCGGAGAUGUACUUCACUUUCUUGGCCUCAGCGCGCAACCGGUCUCCUACCCUCCCUUUACGGACAUUGUGCGGCAGGGAACAGCUGGUCACGAGAUAUACUUUAUCGUACGAGGCGAGGCUGAGGUGGUCCGCGAAGCAACCGGAGACAACAAUUCUAAGCGUAUGACGAGGUCUUCAAUGCUGAGGCCGAGGUUAAAAGCCGGCCAGUACUUCGGAGAAGUGGCCAGCUUGGGGUUGGCCUCGGGUCGCACGGCGACAGUACGAUCCAUCACCUCAGUCGAGUGCCUCAUGAUCGGCGGCGAGGCUCUCGCGGAGCUUUGGAAGAAGUGCCCUCCCGAGAUACGUUCGCAGGUCGAGGAGACGGCGCGAAAUAGGUAUCCCAAAGCAGAUUUGGAUGUCGAGAUGAAAGACGCCGACGAGAAGGAGCAGCCAGACGAGGUCGAUCCGUCAACACCGACGAAGGAAAUACUUCCUUCAGUUACAUUCAAUACCCCUCAACCAAGUCCACCUACUACGAACGAGCAGCAGGAUACCACAAGGACAUACACUGACCCGGACCCAUAUCUCAGUGUGGAUAUGGAGAACUUGAGAAAUAGGAGGCGCAAUUCACUCGCUCCGCCCACGCCAGCACAAACGGAUGCUUCCACUUCACCCGGCGUCAACGGGGUCAGGUCGUCCCAGACUCUUGAGAGCAGCCCGCUAAAGCUCUACUCCAUGUCUGCGCCAAAUACCCCACCAGAGAACGAUCAAGCGGCACCAUCGUCAAAACGGCAGAGAACCCUGACUCACCGACCGGCGUCCCUGCAGAACCUGCAAAAGAUUGCGCUUCCGGACGACAUCCUCGUCAUGGUCUUCAAUCAGCUCAAUAUCGUGGAGCUCCUGCGUCUCCGGCUGGUCUGUUCGCACUGGCGACGGCUCUUGACAAUUUCUGACAAGCUCUGCAAAAAUGUCGACCUUUCGCCCCAUAACCGGUAUGUCACGGACUGGGCACUGGCAAACGUUCUUGGCCCAUUCAUAAGCAAUCGAUCCGAGAUGGUUGACAUAUCCAACUGCUACCACGUUACGGACGAGGGCUUCCAGGCAUUCUGGAAACUCUGUGGCAAGAAUGUCAAGUCCUGGCGUAUGCGGUCAGUUUGGGAUGUCAGCGCUGGCCAAAUCCUCGAAAUGAGCGAGAACUCCAAGGAGCUUGAGGAAGUCGACUGGAGCAACUGUCGCAAGGUUGGCGACAACCUUCUCGCCCGGGUAGUGGGCUGGGUUGUGCCAGAGCCACCACCUGAGCGCAAGAAUGUGGUGAUCGCCAGCUCGGGCGCUCCGGGAAAGAGGAGCUCAAAGAUGCAAGUCAUGCACUGGCAGCAGCAUCCUAAUGCGCCACCACCAGGCACCGUCAUAGGAUGUCCAAAGCUCAAGCAUCUUACUCUUUCAUACUGCAAACACAUUACCGACCGAUCCAUGGCCCAUCUGGCCGCGCACGCCUCUUCUCGCCUCGAGUCACUCUCGCUCACGCGCUGCACCUCCAUCUCCGAUGCAGGCUUUCAAUCGUGGGCACCCUUCCGUUUCCCUAACCUAACACGCCUAUGCCUGGCCGACUGCACCUACCUCUCGGACAAUGCGAUCGUCGCACUGGUCAACUCGGCCAAGCAGCUCACGCACCUCGAUCUGUCCUUCUGUUGCGCACUGUCGGACACGGCCACGGAGGUUGUCGCCCUGGGGCUGCCACUGCUCCGCGAGCUGCGCCUUGCCUUCUGCGGCAGCGCUGUGUCCGACGCGUCGCUGGGCUGCAUCGCGCUGCAUCUGAACGAGCUGCGCGGCCUGAGCGUGCGGGGCUGCGUGCGAGUCACGGGGGUGGGCAUCGAGAACGUACUCGAGGGCUGCAGCCGCACCGAGUGGAUUGACGUGUCGCAAUGCAAGAACCUGGGUGCGUGGCUUGCGGGCGGCGGCAUCACGCGGUGGGGCUUCGACGAGCGCGGGCCUGGCAGGUGGCUGCCCAUGAGCGUUGUCCGGGGCGUGCCCGGGCAGCGAACCGUGAACCCGGCGCUGCUGAUGAACAACAACAUGAAUGUGCCGCGGCCACAAACCCCCGUCAACGGGGGCAGCGCCAACGGAAAUGGACCCGGGCUCGCGCCGAGCCCCUUCGGGAGCCCCGGCGGGGGCAUGAAUAUGGGCAUGGGCUUCGGCGGCGGCGGAGUUGGUGGCCCCGGCCCAAUGAUGAAGCCGGUCGUGCCUCCCCAGGGCAUGAGAAACCGACGGCAGAGGAAGCCGAUCCGGUUCAUUGUUGAAAAGGGGGCUGGUGGGUUGAGAUGA